CAACUUUUCCAGAGGAGCUCCACAUCGCAACGCGUCGUUCACCGAAGUGCUGAGAUUUAACAAAGUAGCCGAAAACGUGACGAGGAAUAAGCGGAACGACAUAAUCUGGCUUUUUAGUAAUUUAUUUUGUUUUCUCACCUUUUAUUUUGUCCCCCCCCCCCCUUAAAACUAUCAUCUUAUAGGCUAUUGAAGUUAAGAUGAGGAAUCUGCGGUUGUUGUUCCUCGUCGGGCUGGCGGCUGGAUUCAUCAGCGAAAAACUCUUGGUCUCCUCCCAGCCAUCCUUUUCCACAGCAGAUGACCUGUACCUAGAGGGCCAAGCAUCAGGUAACCUCCCUAUAGAUGAUGAUGAUGAUGAUGGUGAAGACGAGGGUUCAGGCUCUGGAUCCGGAAACUACGCUUUCAACGACUUCACAGACAACAUGCUCAGGAGGAUUUCCAACUUCUCUAGGACCACAGUCUCCAAAGAAAUGGUUCCAAGUCAACCUCAACCCACAGCAGACUCUCGGGACAACCCAGCAACCACAGCAGCAGAUAGCAAGGAUCCAUCAACCACAGUGAAGGACACCGAGACAACACCAUUCAUACUCCCUGGUGGGGACAAAGAGGAUGAGGAGAGUACCGGCCUCCGCUCCACCAGCUUGCCUCCCAGUGAAACUACUGCAACCAAAUUCGGCAAAGACAUCAUUGUGUCCAAAGAUGCAGACAAGGACAACAGUCUGGAUAUGUGGGAUGUCUCGGCGACCACAGAAGGCAGAGAUGACAUCCAGAUCAAAGAGUUUGAAAAUGAAAUUCUGGCCAAAGAUGGCCAAGGCAGCAGAAUGUAUGAGAUGGACUCUCCCAAAGAGGUGACCUCGGAGAACUUGUGGGAGAGGACGGAAGUGCUGGCAGCGGUGAUAGCGUGUGGAGUGGUGGGAUUUCUCUGCGCCGUUUUCCUCCUCCUCCUCCUCGUCUACCGUAUGAAGAAAAAGGAUGAAGGUAGCUAUGACCUGGGAGACACCAAACUUUCCUCAACAAUCUAUCACAAAGCGCCUACCAAGGAGUUCUAUGCCUGAACUGACCGAAAGGGACUUUGAACGGAAAUCGAUUCCUCACAAUCAGAAUUGAGAAUCGAUUGAUAAACAACUGAAGAUGAUUCUUCUGAAUGAAGUCUGAAGUCAAGCACCUCUGUUCUUCUGCAAUGCUCCUUACAUUUUUUCCCUUUCUUUUUCUCUGUUCUACCUUCCUCCUCUGCUACCCAUUAACAUCUCUGUAUAUAAUGUUCAGUGUUUGUGAGGAAGAGGUCAUACGAGAACAAAUAAGACUAUUAAAAUACAUUUGUCUCAUUCCAUUCUGCAGAAGGAGUUAGACAUGAAAUACACGUCCUACAUUUUAAGAGAGGAAUCUUUUCUAGAGCUGAACUGUUCUAGUCCAGGUUGAUAUCACUGUGCCUUUUCACCCACAUUACUUUUUUCUAAGGUGAACCACACACUGGACUUUGGGCUGCUUUAGACAAAUCGAUUGUCCCAUUUAGCAGAGCUACAGCCUGAACUGUCCCAGCUCAUCUUAACAACACUGAGGAAGUUCACAGAAACAUGAAUAGCCUUAACGCAUUUUGAAUGCUGUCAAUAGGAAUGUUACCACAUAUGGGAUUAGUAUUACAAAUGUAGACCCUUUUUUCUUUGAGGUAAAAUUUGCUGUUUGUAAACAUUUGUCAUUGUUACAUUUCAUUUCUUGUACGCUUUCUUUGCUGAAUUGAAGAUUUUCUUGUUGUUUUGAGGAAUUAAUGUUUUGUCUUGCUGUCCAGUAUUGAUAUGAGAGAUUUUGUUACUCUGCAGGUACAUGUUUUUGUUGUUUUCUCAAAGAUAUUUCACACUUAUAUAACUGACCAAAAUGUAAAUGUGCUUUAGAUGUCUUUUGGAAAAUUAUUUUUUGAAGCUUUUUGUUUUGAUGUGUUUUGAUGUCAAGAGAUUAUAGCCAUUUUUAAAAAGAGAUUUUGGUCAUUUCAUUGUAUUCAUACAGUGGUAGUCCCUCAACCUUGCAUCGGUCCAACAUUAGUAAUAUUUUCAGGACUAUUUUAUUUGGUGAAUGUGUGCAGCAAGCAUAGGACAGGUUUGCUAAGGUAGAGCCAAGUCUAACAUCUAUAAUUCAGAAACCAAAGUGAAAAGUGACCAACGCUUUCUGACGACAGCCAAAGCACAUUCUUUUCUGACUGUCAACUGUAAUAACGGGUUUGAAUAUAAGGGACAGUGAAAGCAUUUAGUGUUUCUUAAGAUUUAUAGAGUUGGGGCUUGUUCACACAGCAGGGUUGGAAAGUUAAAAAUACAAUCAAUUAUAGAUGUCUGUUUAUCUGUCAACUGUAAUAAGCAAUGUGACUGACUGAAUUAUCCCAAAUCAGUAAUUUACUUACUAAUUGCAAAUUCUUUUUAAUUUGUUACAAUGCUAAUCAAAGCAUAAGCAUGUCAGGUUUUAAAAGUGUUUCCUAUCAGUCUUUACCUCGACCAGCCAAACAAAGGAGCCUUUGGGGGCUUAGAGUUUCAGUAAGGAUACAGGAGGCAGCAACGACAAUAGGGCAGUAUUCACUUUUGAUUGGAUUUUACUUUUAUACACCCUGUUAAAUUUAUAUUUUUGUGCAAAUAUUGGGGAUUUAAACUAUAUAUAUAUAUAUAUGACUAUCUAUGUAGAUAGUCUUUUUAGAUGGUGUCUGAUGAAUUUUAGCUACCAACUUAUUAUAUGUCAAAGAACAAUGUUUUUCACAUCAGCCUCUUACUGAAAUGGGGGGAAUGUUGUCUUUAAGCAGAUCUAUUGAUGGCCUUACAAUCUUUAUGAAAAGGUCUUUUUUUUUUUUUUUUUAACGAGCUUUGGUUAUCAAGAUAACUGGGAUCAGUGAUUGAUACACACAGAGAGGUGGGGUUAAGUGGUUAAACUGUGAGUAGACCUACCCCCUGUCUACACAUUCUCAUUGAAAUUACAUUGGUCUCAUUUGGUUUAUUUGGUUUUUUUUUGCUCUGACUUUCUUGACUUUGAGUUUAAUGUCUCAUAACAAACGUUAAAUUGGUAUAGAUUUGUAAUGGCUAUUUCUGUCUGUUUCAUCCUGUGUCAAAGGGCACUGUCCCUAUCUGCUUCAAAAAUCUGUUGCAAAACAGUUUUUUGUCUGUUAACAGUUUGAUUCCCUUCAUGAGGCAACGUGAAGUCAGUGAAAGUUGUGGGGCUGCAUUUAUCUUUUGUCCUUUAAUCGAAGCAAAUUAAUAGUGUUUACUUGAUAUACUUUUCUCUGCUAUUAUAGAAAAUAAUUUUAAAGCUAUUCUAGAUUAUCUGAAUGCAAACUACCUAUUUGCUAUGGCUAGAAUAAACAGGACAAUCUUAUCACUAACACACUGUGACUUACUGUUGAUUUGUUGGAAAUUUGUUGGGCACUUCUUCAGUGCCUUACAAAACAUCGUAUACAUUCAUUUACAGUGCUCUUUCAGUGUCUGUGUCAUGUUUUGACCAUCAAGCUAUACAAAAACACAACUGUAAUAGUUCUGGGCUAGACAGGGCUAGGAAAAACUGACAUUUGGACAAAUGUCCAACACAGACCAUAACCAUAGAGGGUUAAGACAACGGGUUAACACUUGUUGGCAAUCCAACAGGUGAUGACACACCACAACCUUUCUCUUCUAGGAUCUCCGUAGGUUUAUACAGUAUGUUGAUGAUACUAUAAUUUAUAUGUAGUAAUUUAUACUUGCUUAUACUAUAAUCCAAUGUCCGCGAUAAACUUGGAGUGUACAGUAUUUACUCAUGGUCAAAGCCUGUUUGUGCCUACUUCUCAGUUUGUUUUGAUAUUUAUGUUUUUAGUGUAUUUGACAAGCCUUGGUUUAAUUCAAUUUCAUUAUCGGUUGUCCAGCCUUUUUAAAAUACAUUUUCAUAUGAAUGCAUUUAAUGAAAGUAAGUAAUAAGUUCCUUGUAAAUAUAUUGCAGCUUUAAUUUUCAUUUUGAUCAUAUUUGAAUAUGAAUUGACUACAUGGGGGAAGGGACAACCAAAAACCAACUUAGAGAUAAAAUGGUGACAUAAGCAUAUGGGGUGGCCAAUAGAGAACUGUGUCAUGAAAUGGUGUAUCUGUGGGUUCACUGCUGAGUAAAAGAUGUGGCUUUAAUGCAA